AGCUGCUGCUUCUGUGGGGAGGAUGCUGUAGACCAGCAGGAAACACACUUCAAGGUUUUUCCAAAACUUGAGAGCAGAUAGUCAAGAUGACGGCGAUUGAAAGUAGAGAGGAGAUCAGUGAUACUGACAGUGGGAUUAUCUUGCAUUCUGGUCCAGACAGCCCAACAUCCCCGGUGAAGGACCUGACCACCCACACCAGAGCCCUGAAGCUGAAGCACCAGUCUCUGGAGGAGCGUCUGGAGCUCUGCCUGCUGGAGCUGAGAAAGCUCUGCAUCAGAGAGGCAGAGCUGACCGGUACACUGCCCUCAGACUAUCCUCUGAUGCCCGAUGAGAAGCCACCGCGGGUCAGGAGGAGGAUUGGAGCUUCCUUCAAGCUGGACGAAGGUCUGAUCCAUCUGGAUAAACAGGAUUCAGAGUUGCAAGCGCUGGAAACUGACUUGGCACUUCAGCAGCAGAUUUAUGAGGCGGCCCGCAAACUCUCCCUUGAGGACAACCUCAGUAAACCACAGAAGAAGAGCCGGCUCCAGCAGUGCAAGAGGGAGGAGAAGAAAGUGAGGGAUCUACAGGAGGCCGUGUUCCAGCACAGGAUCAAGAGUGAGUGCAACUCACCUUGCAUCUCAACCAGUCAAAACAGAGAUCUGUGCAUGUCUGAUGACAGCUCCCUGUCUGAUGUGGUGGCCCUGGAUGAUGAUGUGGACUUGCCCAGACCCCUCUCUCCUCCUGUGUUGGGCACUUCCUAUUCAGACCCCCUCCAGCUGUCAGCAAAGGCCCUGCAGUCCUCCCAGCAGUCAUCAAGCCAGCUCAGUGUGGCGUAUGAGCGCUCUCCCAUCCAGAACUCUCCAUGGAAGGAGUCCAGUCUGGAUCAGCCAUACCAGAAGGCCACAAAACCUCAGUCUGCUAGCAGCAGCAGGUCCAGUAGUCCAGCAGGAACCCAGGUAUCUGCAGAGAGCAGCAGGAUUCCUCUCUCUCAGUUCAUCAAGAACUCGGCCCUGCUUCACAACCACUCAACCAGCGCCCCCUCUACCCCAGAGCUGCACGUUCGUCGACAGUACUCCCAGUCCUUCAGACUUCCCAAAUGUAAGCCAUCUGCCGACAUGGAGCGUCUCAGCUCAGAGAACAGUCGAGGGCGAGCCAGGCUGCCCCAGAAGCAUUGCGUUGCUGACUUGAUGGUGCGUUCUCCAGAGUACUCUCCCCUGCGUCCAUACCAGUCCAGCUCUGAGGACAGCAGCUCGGAGCACUCCUCCUCCUCCUACAUCAGCUCUCCAGGCAGGGACGGACCCACUGAGAUCCCAAAGCUCUCCCCUCCGCCUUACGGCUUCCACUUUGGAGCACAGAAAAAAGGACUCUCCAGCUUCUCCAGCUCACACAAGAACUCCAGCCAGUCUCAGCAGAGCCCUGGCCAUAACAAGGCCACAGCAGAAGAUGGCCCCCUCUCCCCCCAAGACCUGGGCAUGGGGAAGUGCUUCUUGUCCUCCCCUCCUGUGGCAUGCAGCCCUCAGCACAGACAGUGGCAGGAAGGAGCAUCGUCCCCGAGGAGAAUCCUAAAGCCCCCUCCGCCUUACACCAGACUGGUGCGAACACCCUCGCUGAAGGAGUACCCGAACCACGCCAUUAGGCUGAUGCCCAGGGAGAUUGUGUCCGAGGAGCUGAAGUCCUGGCAUCAGAGGAAUCAGCUGCAGAAGUUACGGUCAGGCUGCAUGGAUCAGCAGAGCUCCCUGAGUGUCAAAAGCCCCACUUCACCUCACCUGCAUCCAUUUAAACAGGCUACGGGUAAUGUCAUUCUCCAGAGAGCUUCAGACGGGACUCCGGUCCAGUGGUUUGUGGCUGAGGACGCUGAAAUCGUGAGCCAGGUGUAGCUGAGACCUCUGCUCCUCUGCAGUAUGUUCAGUAGGAUGUAUGCUAAUCCUUUCUAUUUAUCUCUGUAUUUAUUACAUCUUUGGACUCUCUGUGAGAUUGUAUGUCGACAUGAUGCAGAAAACAUGGACCUAUCGGUACCAUGAUGAGCACAUUUCUCUCUCUUCUUUUAAUUUAAAACUUAAUGUAAGGUGGUAUGCCAGUUUUAUUUAUUUUGAAUUGCUUUCUAACGGAUGUUUAUACAAAUUUCGGAGGUAAAUUGAUGUUCAAGCAAUUUCAUAAUUGUGUCAAAUGGAUCAUAAACUUGCUGUGGUUUCAAAAAUUGCUUUGUGGCUGGCACACAUUUUGCACGUAAAAUUCACCUAGAGUAAUUUUCAAAUAAGUUCCGCCAUUCCUAAUAUAAUUUCAACGUUAGACUAUAUUUAUCUUUUAUUUAAAGUUUCCCUCUUGCAACAUAGAGAGUUAUUACUAAAAUUUUGACACACCUUUGAAAAUACAUUUUAUAUAUAUAGUUAAAAUUUAACAGGUCUAGCCAUGACGUGAAGUAAGCUCAAUCCUAACAUUUGCUAUAAACUCGUAACUACUAAUCACUGAUGCUUUUAACAGUGGUUUGAUGAAUGUUUUCACUGCAGUACG